AUGGCGGUCAAUCGCAUCCGGGGCGCCUUCCAGGUGCCUCGAAAGGGUGAGACUUUUGAGCUGAGGGCCGGCCUUGUCUCUCAGUAUGCCUACGAGAGAAAGGAGUCCAUCCAGAAGACCAUCAUGGCCAUGACUCUGGGCAAGGACGUGUCGGCCUUGUUUCCCGAUGUGCUCAAAAAUAUUGCAACGUCCGAUCUCGACCAGAAGAAGCUGGUCUACCUAUAUCUCAUGAACUACGCCAAGUCGCAUCCCGACCUUUGUAUCCUCGCCGUCAACACCUUUGCGCAAGACUCGGAAGAUCCGAACCCCCUCGUACGAGCACUGGCGAUCCGAACAAUGGGAUGCAUCAGGGUGGAUAAGAUGGUGGACUACAUGGAGGAGCCGCUGCGAAAGACGCUCCGUGACGAAUCACCGUACGUGCGCAAGACGGCCGCCAUAUGCGUGGCCAAGCUCUUCGACCUCAACCCGACUAUGUGCAUCGAGAACGGUUUCCUCGAGUCGCUGCAGGAGCUCAUCGGCGACCCCAACCCCAUGGUCGUGGCCAACUCGGUCCAGGCCCUGUCCGAGAUCACCGAGACGGCGCCCGAGACGAGGGCCCUCAUCGUCACGCCCGCCACCCUCAAGAAGCUCCUCAUGGCCCUCAACGAGUGCACCGAGUGGGGACGCGUCACCAUCCUAUCCACCCUGGCCGACUACUCAGCCAACGACGUCAAGGAGGCCGAGCACAUUUGUGAGCGUGUCGCCCCCCAGUUCCAGCACGUCAACCCCAGCGUCGUCCUGGCUGCCGUCAAGGUCGUCUUUACCCACAUGAGGUCCAUUAAUCCGGAGCUUGUGCGGUCCUAUCUUAAGAAGAUGGCUCCUCCUCUAGUAACCCUUGUCGCCUCCGCACCCGAGGUCCAGUACGUUGCCCUGCGCAACAUUGACCUGCUCCUCCAGGCAAAGCCCGACAUACUCAGCAAGGAGAUGCGCGUCUUCUUCUGCAAGUACAACGAUCCCCCCUACGUCAAGAUGCAGAAGCUGGAGAUCAUGGUGCGAAUAGCAAACGAGAAGAACUAUGAGCAGCUCCUUGCAGAGUUGACCGAAUACGCCCUCGAGGUGGACAUGGACUUUGUCAGGAGGGCCGUCAAGGCCAUUGGCCAGGUGGCCAUCAAGAUUGAGGCUGCCAGCGAAAAGUGUGUCCGUUCCCUCGAGGAGCUCAUGGCCACCAAGGUCAACUACGUCGUCCAGGAGGUUGUUGUAGUCAUCAAGGACAUUCUGCGAAAGUACCCUGGGUUCGAGGGUGUUAUUCCCACUCUAUGCGACCACAUUGAUGACCUGGAUGAGCCUGAUGCUCGUGGGGCUCUCAUCUGGAUCGUUGGAGAGUAUGCCGAGAAGAUUGGCAAUGCUACGGAGAUUCUUGAGACGUUUGUCGACGGAUUUAUGGAGGAGUUUGGACAGACCCAGCUCCAGAUCCUGACGGCCGUCGUCAAGCUCUUCCUCAAGAAGCCUGGCAACACCCAAGGACUAGUCCAGAAGGUGCUACAGUCGGCCACGGCCGAGAACGACAACCCCGAUAUCCGAGACAGGGCCUAUGUCUACUGGCGACUGCUGUCGGGAGACCUCGAGGUUGCCAGGGAAGCUGACAUUUAUGCUCUACAGACGAUUGUCCUGUCCCAGAAGCCGACCAUCUCGACCACCAUGACGAGUCUUCCCACGGCACUGCUGGAGCAGCUCUUGGCUGAGCUGUCGACACUGGCGUCGGUGUACCACAAGCCUCCGGAGUCGUUCGUCGGCAAGGGCCGGUUCGGAGCCGACGAGAUCCAACGCGCGGCUAUCCAGGAGCAGAGGCAGAAUGCCGCCGAGAAUCCUAUCGCUGUGUCAGUGGCGGCAGCAGCAGCGGCAGCCAACGGCGGGCAGCAGCAACAUCAGAACAAUGCCGAGAACCUCCUCGACAUCGACUUCGACGGAGCGGCGCCGGCAUCGCAGGAGCAGAACAGCGCCAACCCUAGUCGGGCGACCAGCCCUGCCAUGGGAGGCGUCGGUGGUGGCAUGGCGGACAUGAUGAGCAUGUUUGACGCGCCGCCCAUGCAGCCGUCUUUGGCAUCGGGAACGCCCACGCCCCAGCAGCAGAGCGGUGGCAUGAACGACCUGAUGAGAGGACUUGACGGACUCAACUUUGGAGGCCAGCAGAGCGAACCUCUGCCGGCGGCGACACAGCUCCAGAACGCGGCAGCGGCGGCAGCGGCGGGUGGCAGCGGAUUCGGACAGCCGCCGCCGCCGCAACAGCAGCAGCAGGGUGCACCGAAGAAGGAUAGCGAUGACCUCUUGGGGCUGUUCUAG